ACACUUCAAUGUAAUUGUUUAUAAUAAAUUUAAAUAAAUAGAAAUAAUCAAUACAAUCGUAAAAAAUAAUAAAUAAUAAAAAUGGAUUUCGAGGAAGAUAUCGAAAAGAUAUUAUUGUCACGUGAAACUGAAGAGGCAUUUUUUAAGAGGUUAUGUUCUCAUACAAGUAAUUUUCGUUCUGAACUAUUAGAAUAUACAAACAAACGACUUGAUAUACAUAAUGAACAAAAAAUGAAUCAUGAAAUAAAUAAAAAUGUAAAAGAACAAUUGGACGAUGAUUUAAGAAACUUAGAAUCUUCACUUGAAAAAUACUUAUUACAACAAAAAGUAUUAAACAAACAAAUUUCAGCAGGAAAAGAAUCUGAAGAAAAUUUAAAAAAAGAUAUUGAAGAAUUAAAAAUUAAAAAAGAAGAAUAUGCAUUAAAUAUGGUUGAUUUAGAAAGAGAAUUGGAAGAGAAUAAAAAAUCAAUGAAAAAAGAACAUAAUGCAAUUAAUAUGGCAAAUGGAAUUUACAAAGAACAUUUAAAUAUUUAUAUUGACUUUGAAGAAAUUGAUGAUCAUGAUAAUUUAAAAAUUACAUUUUUUUAUGAUAAAAAUCAAGACAAGGAUAGUUAUUACAUUGAGUGUUCAAAUUAUGAUUCAACUUGGAAAAUUUUUAAUAUUAAACCUUCACUCAAAGAAGAACAUCUUAGAGAAAUUCAAUUAGAUUUUAAUGCUGAUUAUGAUAUCCAUGACAUGACAGCAUUUUUAUGUAAAAUAAGAUAUAUUUUUUUAAAAAAUUACGACUGUAAAAGAAGCUUACACAACGAAAAAAAAGUAUAAUAAAAAAAUAAAGUAUA